AUGGGUUUCUCCGAACGUCAACGCGAAAAUGCUGUCUUUGGGGCGCACAUAACUUUCCGUGUUAUCGUCACUCUCUUCUUCGCAACCGCGACGGCCGUCAGUCUGUACACCAUCAUCGUCGGUUUCAGAUGGCUCAGCGAUUUCAAAGACCUCGAAGGCCACGGCACCAAUUGGAAGUGGGCGGUGGCCGUCAUCGUACUCUCUUUCUUCGGUAUGGCUGGCAACGCGGCCGUGACCAGAUACAGCUCCCACGGGCUGCGCAGUAACCCGAAGGAGUCGGGGCGCCUCACCAAGGUGCUGACAAUCGGCCUCGCAUCGACCCUGCUCCUGCCCCCCACGGUGACGCCGUGGUACUUUGUGCGCGACCUGAGCUGGGCCGCGGUCCUGCGCGAGGCCGGCCACGCCGACGACGCCUACCACGUUGACGUCUACACGAACUUCGCGAGCGUCGCCAUCGCCGUCUACUCCACUAUCGCCGCGGGCGUCCUGAUCCUGGGCCUGGCCGUUUUAUCGGUUAGGUAUUUUCAGAUCCGCGAAAUCCGAGCCAUCUUCAAGCGAGUGGAACGCGAAGCUCAGAACAAGAGAGGCGGCAACGAAGUUCAGCAGCCUCAAGUCCCCUCGGAGAGGACCGGCGGGCCCUCGGGCAUGAACCAGGUGCCGGACCAGGAGGACAAUUGCGGUUGCGGAGUGGGCCUCGAUUAA